UCCGCGCACAGGGGCCUCUGGGGAGUGGCGGGCACCCAGAGGAAGCGGGCGGCAUGGGCCAGGGGCCCCGAGGCACGCGCCGCUCGCCAGGCUGCGGGUUGCAGCGGCUGCUGCGGCUCCUGUUGCUGCUCAGCCUGGCCCGCGGCGCCGGCGGAGAGCCGGGCACGGAUGACGUCUGUGCCACUUGCCAUGAACACGCCACGUGCCAGCAGAAGGAGGGGAAGAGGAUCUGUAUUUGCAACUAUGGGUUUUGGGGCAACGGGAGGACUCGCUGCGUUGACAAAGAUGAAUGCCAGUUUGGAGCCACCGUGAUCUGUGGGAACCACACGUCCUGCCACAACACGCCUGGAGGGUUCUACUGCGUUUGCCACACAGGCUAUCGGGCCACAAACAACAAGAAGAUGUUCAUUCCCAACGAUGGCACUUUCUGUGCAGACGUCGAUGAGUGUGAAGAUUCUGGCCUGUGCAGACGUGGAGGUCGGUGUAUCAAUACUCCUGGGAGCUUUGAAUGCUACUGCAUGGAAGGGUAUGUGGCAAAGAACGGGUCUGAGCCUUUCCACCCACUCGCGGAUGCCACAUCGUGCACAGAAAUAGACUGUGGCAUCCCUCCCGAAGUUCCUGGGGCCUACAUCGUGGGAAGCUACAGCUCCACACUGGGUGGCCAGGCCCAUUACAGCUGCAAAGAAGGGUUUCUCAGCGUCUCGGGAGAUAGAGUUUCACGAUGCACAGCCCUGGGCGCGUGGGAACCUCCAGAGUUACUCUGCCAAGAGAUCAGCUGUGGCAGUCCCCCGGAAGUUCAGAAUGCCAUCUUGGUGGGGAAUCACAGCUCCAGCCAGGGGAGUGUGGCUCACUAUGACUGCGAGGAGGGCUUUGAGAGUCCUGGAGGAAAGAUCACUUCUGUUUGCACAGAGAGCGGCUCCUGGAGUGAGAUCACGCAUGCAUGUGCAGAAAUAGCGAUGGUAAUUCACGAUGUGUGGGUGUUUAAUGACACCUGUGUGAGAUGGCAAAGAAGCCCAGAGAGAGUGAAUUCCAAGGUCACGUACUUGAUACGCACUGAAAGACAGCAGCCAGAUGCUGUGGAAUCGGUUUAUGAGGAGACAAUCAAUGUGACCACAGACAGCAGGACCCCAGGAGUGUGCCUGCACCUCCAACAAGGAGCCAAUUACACCGUGAGCAUUUCCGCAGCCCCUCCCAGGCGCUCUGUGCCCGCCAGCCUUAGCUUCCAGACCGCUGAAGAUGGUCUCUUGGAAGAUGAUGGAAUUUUCAAUAUUUCAGUAUUUAAUGAAACUUGUUUGAAGUUGAACAGGCGUUCUAGGCAAGCUGGAUCAGAACAAACGUACCAAGUGGAAGCUUUGGGCCGGAGGUGGUAUCUAGAGAACUUCUACCAUGCUGUUUCCUAUAACUUCACGACAAGAGACCAAGCUCCUAAAGUGUGUUUAGAUCUGUUGCCCGCUACUGAUUACACGAUAAACAUCACCCUUCUGAGACCCACCGAGCUGCGCUCCGCACAAGUAACAGUAACAACCUCGGCGACAGAGCCCCCCCUUCCAGAAGUAGACUUUUUCACUGUGCGUACAAAGCUUCUACCACGCUUCAGGCUGCGGAAAGCCAAGGAGAUAAAUGGACCUAUCAGUUCAUAUCAGGUGUUGGUCCUCCCCCUGUCCUUGCAAAGCACGUUUUCUUGUGAUUCUGAAGGCAUCACUUCAUUCUUUGGCAACGCGUCUCCUGCUGAUGGAUAUGUGGCUGCAGAAAUACUGGCCAGUGAUGUUCCAGAUGACACAUUGGAGAUAUCCAUUGGAGACCGGCUGUACUAUGGGGAAUAUUAUAACGCACCUUUGAAGACAGUAAAUGAGUAUUGCAUUCUAUUACGGAUCACAAGUGAAUGGAACAAGGUGAGAAGAUACUCCUGUGCUGUCAUGGCUGAGGUAAAAGACGCAUCACUCACAGUCCAGCAGAUGGUGGGUGUUGGACUGGGCUCCGUGGCUUUUGUGACCAUCCUUGCGUUCCUCUCCUUCUCAGCAGUGUGAUGGCUGGUGGACUCAGCAUGGGAAGACCGAGUUGACGAUGCACAGAUGUUCUGCCGGCUUCUCAGGCCUGUCCGCCACGUGGCUCCCACCCUAAGCCCUUGUGUGGGGUCGAAACUUUCUCCAUCAGCAUGACCCCAUCCCUGAGUUCAAGAUGGCCAUCUCUGUGGAAUCUUAAAACUUGAGAGCUGUUUAUGUGUUUCUUGCUUUCUGGGUCAGUUGUGUAUCCAUGAACUUGAGACUCAUGUCCAGUGUAAUACCACAGGCCACAGACGCCAUGAGUCAGCUCCCGGGGUCGUUGGACGUGGAGCCUCUGUAUCUUCCUGUAAUUAGUUCUUCUGCUCUUAGUUCAGGAUCUGUUCUUCUCAGUGGGUAAUGAGUGGGCGUAAGUCUGGGCAGGGAUUUGGGAAGGAGGUCACUGGAUAAGGAACACUGAUAUGAAUAAAUGUUUUGGGCGUUUUA